CCAGGCUCCCAGUCCCCGGCAGCAUGCCAACCCUCGCUCCUGGCAGCUCGGGCUUGGGCUCAGCCAGGUCCAGCGUGGUGCUUCCGAGCUCGGGAGCCUUGCCGGGCAGCGCGCAGUCGGAGCCGCCGAGGGCAGCGGCGAAGCGCGCGGCUGGCAGCCCGCAGCCCAAGGCACCGUCCUCCACAAGGCGCCAGGGCCAGAGUCCCGGCGAUGGCGCGUCCAUGGCGGACCUGGCCGACGAGCGGGUGUGGUGGUCCGAGGCGAUCGUGGCGAAGGUCAAGUCGUUGCAGAGCUCCUUCGGCGACGAGUUUCAGAGGAUCGCCGACAAGAUCCGCUCGGAUGUUGGCGUGUGGCAAGACCGCGUGGAGGUGCAGCUGGAGCACGACAGGCGCGAGCUGCAGGCGAGCGAGGCGGACCUGCGGAGGCAGCUGGGCGAGCAGCGGGCGUCGCUGGGGGGGCUGACGGCGGCGGUGGCCGAGCUGCGGGAGCUGUGCGCGAAGGGCGGCGCGGCCGCGUCCGCCGCCGAGGCGGCCGGGCUGGAGAACAGCGCCGCGCAGCACAGGAUCCUGUCCGGCGUGGAGGCCGCGGUGGAGGACCUCAGGCGCGAGGUGAGGUCCCUGCAGGAGGCGGGCGACCAGCAGGGCCGGCUGGCGGAGGCCAUCUCCGGGCGCCACGGGAAGCUGGCAGACGCCGCGGCCGAGGCCCGGGAGCAGAUGAAGGCCCUGAGCGAGAAGGUCGAUCUGCAGACCUGGACCUGCCAGGAGACGAGGGCGGAGCUGCAGACGGUGCGCGAGCGGCUCGACCGCGAGUCUCGGAGCAGCCGGGAGGAGCUGGCGAGCAUGCUGGCUGAGGCCAAGGCCGGCGCGGAGCUGCAGGCGGCCGCGGUCGUGGAGGAGGCGAGGCGCGCCGCCGAGGAGGCCGCACAGGCCGACGCGGCGCGGAUGGCGCCCGCCGUGCUCGCCGAGGCGCGCAGGGCCGCCGAGGAGGUGGUAGAGGAGCAGGCCCGCGCGCUGGGCGAGGCCGCUGCUCGCGGCGCCGACGGCGUCCCCUGCGGCGACGGCCCGCCCGAGGGCGUCGGUCGAUCGCCGUCGCCGCCGCCGCCAUCGGGCGAGCUGUCGGCCGAGCUGCGGGGCGCCUUCGGGGCGCUGGCCGAGCGGGUGGGCGAGCUGGAGGCGAGAGCGGCCGCCGCGGACCUGGAGGCGAGGCAGCCCGAGGGGGCCGAGGGCCGCCUGGCCGCCCUGGAGGGCCUGCCCCCGCGGCUCGAGGCGCUGUCCCGGCGCGUCGAGGAGCUGGUGCCGCUGCCGCCGAGGGUCGACAGGCUGGCCGCGCGCCUGGACGAGGACUUGGAGACGCUGUCCGCGCGCUUGGGCGAGGAACUCCGUGGUUUGGCACGGCUGGAGCUGCCGGCGCUGCCGGAACGCAUCGACAAGUUGUCCGCGCGUUUGGACGAGGAACUACAGUGUCUGGCAGGUCUGGAGCUGCCAGCGUUGCCGGAGAGGAUCGACAAGUUGUCCGCGCGUUUGGACGAGGAGCUCCAGGGAGUGGCGAGAUCGGAGGAGCUGCUCUCGGCGAGGAUCCAGGCGCUGGCGGCCCGGCACGAGCGCGAGGGGCCGAGGCCAGGCUCGCCGGGGUCGGGGGCCAGCGCCGCCAGGGCGGCGCGCCGGGCGGAGGAGGAGAGGCCGCCGGAGUCGCCGAGGGAGGCGAUCGCGCGGCGGCAGGCCUCGGAGCCCGGGGCGGCGUCGCCGGUGGUGGUGCCGGAGGCGAUGUCGGGGCGGCAGACGGAGGCCGACGAGAGGAGCGAUGAGCUCGAGGCGCUGUCGCUGCGCGUGGAGGCGAUCGCCUCGCACCAGCGGCAGAUCGACGAGCGGAUCGAGGGCCUCGAGGCCCUCACGGCGCGCCAGGAGGACCUCCUCCAGGCCGGCGCCGUGCCGGGGGGGCUGGAGGCGCUGGCGCGGACGGUGGCGAGGAUGUCCGCGCGGCUGGAGGAGAUGGACGAGGCCCAGCCCACGGACUCUUGGAGGGGCCAGCCCGCGCGCUACGCGACGGUCGGCUCCGCCGAGACGCGGGUCUGCCUCCUUCCUCGUCGUCAUCAUCCUCCUUCCUCUCCUCUCUGGACGCCCGAAAUGGGUACCGAAAGAAUGGGUACAAUGCCCAACAGCAGUUCCUGUUCAUUUUGAACAGGAUCCGCUGCCCACGCCGCCGCGGCCUGUGUCCAUUCGAGACAGAAGGCCGCCUGCCCAACAGCGGCCGCUGUUGGUUUGGG